ACUCGAAACGACACUGUGCGUGAACUAAACUAACGACAGAGAUCACAUGCGAAAGCGGUUUCCCCUCAGUUCGGAUCAGUUUCAGACACCAUCUAAAAAGAUUUUUGUUUUAUUUUGCUGUUUUAUUUUCUUGAUGUUCACGGGCAGAGGAUCAACGAGGUUCGGAAAAUGAUUCUGUAGCGGCCAGGCGAAAGGUCCAGGAGUACCCCAGAGAGGAGCCUGCUGAGGUACAACUGCUCUGAUGAUGUAAUCUCCUGGCAGUCAGGCUAAAAACGGGAAAGAAUGGGUGACUGGAGUUUGUUGGGCAACUUACUAGAAACUGCUCAGGAGCACUCCACCGUGGUAGGGAAGGUAUGGCUGACAUCACUGUUUGUUUUCCGCAUCCUGGUGUUGGGGACAGCCACCGAGAAAGUUUGGGGGGACGAGCAAUCCUUCUUUACCUGUGACACCAAGCAACCUGGUUGCCAGAACGUCUGCUAUGACAGGAUCUUCCCCAUUUCCCACAUCCGGUUCUGGGUGCUGCAGAUCAUCUUUGUGUCUACUCCCACACUGGUCUACCUGGGCCACAUCUUCCUUCUGGUACGGAUGGAGGAGAAGCAGAAACAGAAGGAGAAAGGCAAACUGAGCAGAUACCCCCCUGGAGAAGAGGAAGCAUUGAUGCAAAAUGCCAGUAACAUCAAGUGCCCUUCGCUACAUGACCAGGGGAAAAUUAGAUUGCAAGGAGCUAUUCUACGAACUUAUUUGUUUAAUAUAAUUUUUAAAACUCUCUUCGAAAUUGGUUUUAUACUGGCCCAGUAUUAUCUCUAUGGCUUCGAGCUGAAACCUCUUUACAAAUGUGACUACUCGCCUUGCCCUAACAUUGUUGACUGUUACAUUUCCCGUCCGACUGAGAAGACGAUUUUCAUUAUAUUCAUGCUGGCCAUGGCUUGCCUGUCCCUACUUUUGAACGUCAUUGAAAUAUGUCAUCUGGGAAUCAAGAAAUGUAGAAGGUCCACCAAGGACAAUCGUGUCGCACAAGCUGCCUGUAAGCAGAACGGCACACUGUUGAGUGAGAGAACGGGACCCUGCGCCCCAAGUUACCAGUACUUUGCGAACCACACUCGACCGCAGCUUUACAGUAUCCCCCCACUGACAGGACCUGAUCCAGUGUGCCACUCUUACAAAGGCAACGUUUCCACUAAGCAAAACCGAGAGAACUUUGCCAUAAUGGAUGACAGGGGUGGGAGUCAGGAGGAUCAAAUCUCACUCCCCAGCAAGCACAUCUCAGUCACCGAUCAGAGACGGAACAGUGAAAGAAGCAAAGAAAGCAGCCGCACUAAAUCGGAUGAUUUGACAAUUUGAGUCCCGGGCCUGGGGGCAUGGAGCAGAAUUCUUGAGAAAUCAUUCCAUUUGAACUUUGAGAAAAUCCAAAGAAUUCAAUGAAACCUCCACAGAGAUACGGCCAACAUGAAAACAAAAUCACUUUCUUCGCAAUAAUUGCUUCAAUCAUUUUGGCUUGUAUUUGUUGUGGGCAUGUUUUGCCCUCAGCCGGCUCCCCAGCCCCUUCCCUACCGCCUCUCUCUCCUUCGGGUCCCUCAAUUCUGAUACUUCCCUUUUCAACCCAUUCUUCCUUUUUUUGCUCCCUUGUUUGGUCUCCCCAUCUCUCUGAUCGGCCACCAUUUGCUCAAGCCACAAGGCUGCUCCCCAACCAUUCAGGGCAGGUCCCAGAUCACAGUCUGUAAGUGAAUAGGGCAAAUCCCAGAGACAAUCUCCAUCUGCUUCUCUAAGACAACUUUAGAUGCAUCCCAUAAAUGCCCUCACUUCAUGGAGCUAAUCAAAUGCACACCUUGAUACAUCUCACCAAAGCCUUCAACUCUGCCAACUUCUUCAGAUUUAUGGAUAUUCCUUGUCAAAUGUGAAUGUCUUCAUAUAUUUUUCAUUACUGCACACAGACUACAUAAUAUGAUGCCAAUCACUGGGUUCUCCACAAAUCUAGCCCCAGUGCAUACCCGGACCAAGCAAAGCUAUGACAUCAUAUUGGACAUCUUGUCAAUCUUCCUCAUUGCAAUACCUCAGCUCACCUUUAACAAUUUCCACACUGUGGGUCAAUGGGACCAGGCGAAUAAUAAUUCAGCACAGACUAGAUGUGCUGAAGGGUCUGUUUAUGUACUGUAGUGCUCUCUAACAACAGCAGAGUUAAUCUACAGGAUAAAUGAGGAAACGUUCAAUAUUUAUUGCUUCCAUUCUAAAAUCAAGAUUACUCUGAUCUCAGUCAUCAAUGUAAGCAACAUUUAUAUCCAUGCUAUGAAUUAUUGUUGAUUCUUGAAGUCUGGAAUAAAAUGGGCUUUACAUUAAUCAACUAGAAGGUAGUCUUCAUCAAACUUAACCCACACAAAAACUCUUCGCUGUCAAACAAUAUCUAUAAUAAAUGGUCAAAGUGAAUUACUUCUAGUAUCUUAUGAACUACCUCUUAGUGUCUACAUUCCCAACAGUGUGCCAGCAUGACUUUUAGCCAAAUGAGAAAAAGCACACAAAGAUCUUAAACCUGGCAGUAAGACUGUGGUCUUUGAGAAAUGGUGCUGCCCACAUGCAUCCUUCAGAAACAUGGGCAUUGUACAGGAGACUCCUCAAAGAACUUCAAUGGGAAAAUAUCACCAAUGGUGCCUCUAGACAGUUCUCCAGAGGCAUUCAAAGAUCAGUAUUUAUUCCUGGGUGCACUGCUUCAACAGAGGUUUUAAACUGCCCGCUUCAGCGACCAGGCCACAUUAUCUGCUGCCCAACACUUGUCAAGAGAUCUUCAGGAGGACAGAGAAGACACUUUAAUGAUAUUUUCAGAACCUUCCUGAAAAAAAAACUAAACAUCUUCUGACUCGGGAAAAUGAAGAAACAUGUCAUAAACAAACACACCAACUCUCUGCAGUGGGAGAACAUGAAGAACAUGCAAAGACAGCAGGAGGAGUAAGCAAAGAAAAGACGCUCAAUAAAGUAUUUCUAAUCCUACCCACAGCAGAACUCGUUGCUCGCCUUCGAAGUUCACAGAACUAAAGAGGAAGCAAGACCACCCCAGACAGAACAAGCACCAAGCUUUACAGAAAAGGUCACUCUCUCUCCAGAUAAUCAUGUCAACCUGAAACGUUGACUAUGCACUUCCAUCAAUAGGUGCAGCCUGACCUGCUGAUUUUCUCCAGUAUUACUCCAGAUUCCAGCAUCUCCAGCCUCCUCUGUCUACUAUGACUUAAAGAACAAAAUUCCUCUUUUUAAACAGCAAUGCAUUUUCAAAAGUGCCAUGUUUCAAAAUUAUAUGUUCCUAUCAUAUGAUAAGUUGAGAUAUCUAGCCUACUCAUAUUUUUAAAACUGAAAAAAAAUUGAGCCCAAGCUUUAGAUACUUUUACAAUCCCUCAAAUACUAGAGGGCUUAUAGAAUUAUUGUCUUUAUGAAAGUGUUCAGGAAAACAAGAAUUUCCUGUUGAAGUGGGCAAAAUUGGUUUUGUCACUCUUUAUUAGAAAGAAAUCUUAAUACAAUGCCGUGAUUUGGCAUGAUUUCCCUGUUUGUGUUAUCUGUUGACAGGCAAGUAAAAUUAUUUGGUACAAGCCUUUCUUACGGCAAUUGUUCUUUUGUGAUGCUUGAUAACAAUGCUCAGGAACCGUUAAGGUCAUCUGACUUGAUUAACCAUUUUUUUUUAUGUCGCCUCAGCCCGAUCUGCCCAACUUCGCACAUCCCUUUCUCUUUAUUGACCAGGAUUUUGCAGUCAGAAGCAAAAAUGAGUCCAGUCAUUCAUCACCUUUGCAGUUGCCCAUGGAUAUUCUAUUUCUUUUUGUGCUGGAAACUGUGGUUAGAGUGCUAUUUUGGUGCAGAGCUCUGUGUGAACAGAGAAUUCUUCUCAACAAACAAUGCUGUAGAAACAUGAGGCACAUGGAGACUGAACCAUCAAAUGCCCUUCAUGUACAAAGAGGUAAGUAAAGAUUAGGUAAAAGAAAACAUUGAUAAGAAUUAACUUUUUUGUAAUUUAAAUCUGAAGGAAUUAGAUCUCACACACAAAAAUUAAUUUUCCCUUUUAAAGAGGUAGCGUAGAUUAGGAUGUUACAUUCCAUUGUAAAAUCACCUUCAAUAGAAUGGACAAGCCCCAAACUUCCCUGUCAAUGUUCAGGUACUAUCAUGCAAGUGCAGCAUCUACAGUUGCAUCUUUUAGUUUCAGAUUUUUCAGAAGAUGCCCCUAUAGUAAAGCUUUUGGAAACAACAGGAAGCCCUGACACCAUAUUCAUUAUUUCCACAUUUAACCAGAACUAUAUGAACACUGGAAGUUAUGCCAAUUAAACUUUAAGAAUAGCAACACUAUUAACUCCAGUACAACUCUCACUGCAAAUUCCUGGGCAAUAUCCCAAGGCCAUUUACACUGUCUACAUGAUGUUGUUUUCAAUGGCAAUUUAUUCUACAUGUGUCAACAGAUUCAUCUUGAAUUUCACUUUUUGUAUUCCUGUAACUACCCUGAUUUGAUUCUAAGCAUGAUUAUAACCAUACAAAAUGUGGUGACAUAAAGCAUAGCUCAUUUCAUCAAUAAAUAUGCAUGAAAUAUUGUUCUAGGUAUGUGUACACUUCCUACCUACCUGGAUUGAUUUUGGAAGAUGUACUUUACUUUAUUGUCACCAAACAAUUGAUAUUAGAGUGUACAAUCAUCACAGUGAUAUUUGAUUCUGCGCUUCGCACUCCCUGUAGUACAAAUCAAAUUAAAUGUAAUAAAAAUUUAAAUUAUAAAUCAUAAUUUAAAAUAGAAAAGGGAAAGUAAGGUAGUGCAAGUCAGCUAUCCAGGUCAGGAUCUGUACAGCAGUCUUAUCACAGUUGGAAAGAAGUUGUUCCCAAAUCUGGCCGUAUGAAUCUUCAUGCUCCUGAACCUUCUCCUGGAGGGAAGUGGGACAAAAAGUGUGUUGGCUGGGUGGGUCGUGCCCUUGAUUAUCCUGUCAGCACUGCUCCGACAGCGUGUGGUGUAAAGUGAGUCCAAGGAUGAAAGAUUGGUUUGUGUGAUGUACUGGGCUGUGUUCACGAUCUUCUGCAGCUUCUUCCAGUCUUGGACAGGACAAUUUCCAUACCAGGUUGUGAUGCACCCUAAAAGAAUGCUUUCUAUGGUGCACCUAUAAAAAUUAGUGAGGGCUUUAGGGGACAGGCCAAAUUUCUUCAGCUUUCUCAGGAAGUAAAGGCACUGGUGGGCCUUCUUGGCAGUGGACUUCUUGGUUAGACCAAGUCAGGUCAUUUGUGAUAUUCACCCCGAGGAGCUUUUGACCUGUUCCACCUGCGCACCACCAAUGUAGAUGGGGUCGUGCGGUCUGCUACUCCUUCUGAAGUCAACAACCAAUUCCUUCGUCUUGCUGACAUUGAGAAAUAGGUUAUUGUCUUCGCUCCAUGCCAUCAGGUUCUUAAUUUCCUCUCUGUACUCAUCAUUACCCAAGAUAUGGCCUACAAUUGAUGUACCUCUAUAUUCCACUUUUCUGCAAACUUGCACUGCCUUAAAGUUAACCAUAACCUGGAUAUUGUGGCCAUCAUCAAGUCACUAAUCUACAAAACCCUGUACUUGGCGAGUGGGGAUCUCCUCCCAGUAUCUUCCUGCACAAUGCCACCUGUGACCUUAAUAUCAAGGCUUUGCAAAGCUACAGGAGCUCUCAGGUGUGAAUCAUGUCACAUUGGAGGGAUCAGAGAGAGUAAUGAGACCUAAACCAUCGCAAAUGCUUGAAAUAUGAAAUAAACCAGAAAAUGUUGAAAGCAUUCAACCAGUCAGGCAGCAAUUGUGGAAGUAAAAAGUGUUAAUAUCUCAGAUUAAAGACCCCUCCUCAGAACUUUCACUUCCAUCCACUAAUGUUUGGAAACACGAAUCUAUGAAAGUUAUUCAACGUUAUCUUUAAUUUAAAAAUACAAAACUAAAAUCUCAAAUAGUUAAUUAAACUAAACAGAAGAAAACACAAGGCACAGGUAGUUAUUUCACAACCAUUACUUUCCAUUCAAAUCGAUGGAGCUACUGUCCCUGUGCUGGGAUGUCCCAGCACUGAUUGAGCAAUGAUGUACCUCAUACACUACUGCUAAAUUCCAGCAACAGUCUGAAACUUGAGCACCAUUGCAAACAUCAGACAACUGCCAAUGGCGUUGGAGAUUCUGCAUCCAGAUGUGUGAAUCUCAAAUUUGAUGAUACCUCAUUGCAACUCAAAAAAACUUCCUGCAACCUCCAACCCAAUGUCGUCACCCAGCAUUACUUCGUCAUGUUAUGCUGGUAUCUUUCACUUCAGAAGUUACUAUUUGUGCAUCCAUCAGGGCUAAUAGAUGCACUCAUUGCCACUUUACUUCUGAGAUAUUGGUUUUCUUAAUAUUCUCCUCUUUCUUUUGGCUGUUUUUCCAACACUUGUAACAGAAUCCUACAGAACUGCAGAAAUUCACAACAGUUUCUAGAACAUGGUUCUCAGGGGACGCAAGGCUUUCAAAGUUAUGUGUCAGAAUCAGUUAACAGUAAAAGCUGUUGGUGAGUAUAAGAGGAAUGAAGUGAAGCACUGGAAAACACACUUAAACAAUGACACACUUUUCUUGUACAAAAAAAAGGAUUCUAUGACAUGCUUGUGGCUUUCUACAUUUAAAAGCCUGAGCAUAAAUGUAGAACCUCUGGAGCCUUAGGGAAAAAAAGCUUCACCAUCCUGGGGUAUUGCUAUUUGCUUCAGUGGAUUGACUGGAAUGUGAAAGCACUGACCUGUCUUCUUUUGAAUUAAAGAUAUUUUUGUUUUUUAAAAAAAGUGGGGCCACAGCUGUGUAGCUGUCAGUAAGCCCACCUCUCAUCAAUAGUUUGAGGUAAGGUGAAGUCCUUGUGGGUUACUGAGAAAUAGUUUGAACUUCCCAGCACAGUCAUGCUCAACUGCGUUAGAGACUCGCAAAACACUGAAGAGGAAUCAGGAACAGGAAACCAUGCUUACUUUUCUCUUCCUUCACCCUGCAAAUGGAAUAUUCAACGCGAGUGCUACAGCAGUGAAGCCGUUAUCCUGUAGCAGUUCACCGAUUGAUACUUGAUCUCUUUGCCUCAGGACAUUUGCUCAGCACACUUCCUUACAUUAUGGUACGCAGCUGUGAACAGAGAAGGAAUUGCAGUGACGCAAUCAGCAAGAGAUUUGUUUCUGAACUGCGAGAUGUAAAAAGACUUGACUUUGUAUGCUUCAUUUUAUUAAUAUCCUUGCAAAACUCUCACCAACUCAAACCACUUAUCUUGGUAAUUAUAUUCAACACUGGCCGUACGUUUCAAGGGAUACAAGCCAUCUGCAGCAAUUUCAGAAGGUGCCUCACCACCACACUUUGCAAAGGAAAUUGAGCGUUCAAACCCGAUGCUGGUCUUGCCCAGUUAUAUGCAUACUCCUAAAAAUCAACUCAAACACUGCUAAGUUUUAUCAAACCCAUGUACUGAAACCUAUGAGAAUAUUAAA